CGUACGGACGUCGUAGUUGGUUUUAUAUUAGUGGGUGAGAUGGCAGAGUGUGUGGAAGGAUGAGGAGGCGCAAAUUGAUAUUAGAGAGGCUAAACAAUUAAAUUGCAGUCAUUGAUGGUGGGAGGAAAAAGUGACCGACGGUUGGUGAUGAAACACAAGAACUCAGUGGACUACAGGAGAAAAACCAGGUGGUUUCUGGCUCAGGGCUCCAGAGAGCACGGAGUAGCUUCAGUCUCCAGUGCGCCCCCCUAUGGUGACGGGCAGUCCUGCAGGGCCCCAUCGUGUUAAGGCCGGGCGGAGGAAGAGCUGGGACGGGACAGAUGGCCACGCCCUUUGUGCCCGUGGCUGUGCCUGUGGGACGAUUGUUGCCGGGGGGCGGCGGUGGACCCCGUGCCGACCGGACUCCGUCCUUGGGCAGCAUCUCCAAUAGCUCAGGCUCCUCCUCCUCCAAGGGCCCUGGGGAUGAGGGGGCGGGGCCCAGGGGUGGGGAGGGCGUGGCGUGCCGGACCCCGCCCCAUCAGUGCCAGAGCCCCAUGACUCGGGCUCGCCUCAACGGGGCCGACUGCUCCAUGGAGUACUCCAGCUGCCCGCGUUACCAUGGGGACGGAGGCGGCGAUGGUGGCCAUGGCAACGACGAGGACUUGCCAGGGUGUGAUUGGGAAGGCCGGCCCCUCACCCCGACCGUUCUGGGGUAUGAGGUGAUGGAGGAGCGUGCCAAGUUUACCGUAUAUAAAAUCCUGGUCAAGAAGACACAGGAGGAGAGUUGGGUGGUGUUCCGGAGGUACACAGACUUCUCCAGGAUGAACGACAAGCUGAAGGAGAUGUUUCCUGGGUUCCGCUUGUCACUUCCUCCCAAACGCUGGUUUAAGGACAACUACGACAGCGACUUCCUGGAGGACCGACAGCUCGGCCUGCAGGUCUUCCUGCAGAACAUGGUGGCGCACAAGGACAUCGCUAACUGCGUGGCCGUGCGAGAGUUCUUGUGUCUGGACGACCCACCGGGUCCUUUCGACAGCUUGGAGGAGAGCCGGGCGUUCUGUGAGACUCUAGAGGAGUGUAAUUACAGGUUGCAGAAGGAGCUGUGUGAGAAACAGAAGGAGAUCGCCUCUCUCAAGAGACAGCUGGAGGAGAAACAGCUCCAUAUCCAAGUGCUGGAGAAGAGGCUCAGCGGGGCCGCUCUGACAGGGCCGGGCAGUGAGAGCAGUGUGGAGGCUGACGCUGAUGGAGACGUGGAGUCAUCGGCAGCGGAGGCCGACCAGGAGAUGGGCGAAGAGAGCAGCAGCAGUGAGACUCCCUCCUCCAGGCACUCCUGCUGGUGUGGACCCCCCCUGGGCAGCUCCCCACCGGUCAUGCAAGUGUCUGAGUCCCUGCUGGAGCCCUGACCUGGGGAGAGAUGCUCCCCCCCCCCCCGUCUUUCUCUCUCUCUCUGUCUAUGUCUCUGCCUCUCUCUCUCUCCGUGUCUCUCUUUUGGUCUCUCCCUCCCUCCCCCUGUCCCAGGUCAGCCCAGCGCUCUCAGACCUCCUUCGGUUGGACUCCUCUGGGCGGGAGCUGUCAGUCAGAGGCCCGCUCCUCCCCCCGCCCCCAAGCCUGUGUGCGCCGUGUAAAAAGCGUUCUGCACCCCCGGCCCCCUAAAUCUGUCUGCGUGGGACUGGCCCCCGCCGCAAGGCGGGAUGAGCCACGGCGAUGGGGUCGCCAUGGAGAUCAGGCGACACCACCUCCCGUAACCGUGACGAUCGGCGCUGGCCGCGCUCAGGAGAGGACCCCGGCUCACCUGUCGCUCAUAACGCGGUGGGGGAGGGGCGGAGGGUGCCGGAAUGAUCUUUUCGCCACGGCAACCAAACGGCAGCCUGGCUUCCCUGCGGUGAGGAAGAAGCCGGGCCUCCCAAGAUGGCCGCCUCUCUGCUUUCAGAUUUCAUUUCUCCUCCUCGGUGAAGGAGGAAACGAACAGAGUGCCCUGUCGGAUUGGGCUCGCUAACGGAGUUAACGCUAACGGAGCUACGGAGGGACAGAGUUCCACCGGGGUGGAGCGGACCCUAAAACCCAGCGCAGAGUUCCACCCGGGUCGGACGGACCCUAAAACCCAGCGCAGAGUUCCACCGGGGUGGAGCGGACCCUAAAACCCAGCGCAGAGUUCCUCCAGGGGUCGGACGAACGGAGGCAUUCGCGGUUCAUAGCACUCCUCCUACUGCUAGUUUUUGCGUAGAUGAUCUCACUUACCCGUUCGCUGUGACGGCGUACUGAGAUUGUGAGCGUAGCUAUUAUGUAGCUAUAAUUAUAAUGUGAUAUUUAAGCCAUGGGAACCUGCAGGAGUCUGGUACAUUUACAGGAUAUUAGACUGCAAAGACUUGCGUCUGCUUCCUGACUGCACGGCGUUGGCAGUCGAGGCCUGUUAAUGGUCAUACUAACAAGGCUCUGUAGCGUGAUUGGCUGGGCGGGACGUGUAGGCUUUUUUUUGCGUUUUUUUUUCAUUUUACGAUUUGAAUAUUCUGAAUAACAGGUUCAAAUAACUGCAUUUAAUCCGGGUAUCCCCCCCCCCAACUCAUUGUGUGAAUCAGAUACACUGUAAUUUAGCGACUUAAUUGGAUCAGUUGCUAGGUGUAGUUAGAUGUGAUUAUGGUCUAUAUAGGGUGGUGGGGGGGGGGGGGGGGUCAGAGCAGUCCCAUCCACAGAUUUAGCGGGUGACCUUGUAUCGCCACUCGGUCCAGUGCGUUGUGCGCUCCUGCGUUUGUGUGAGACUGAAUGCCAAGCACUACACAGAGCUGUGGCUUUUACGCCGAUUGUGUUUUUAAUCUGCAAUGUCACUUAAAGCCAAACAGGCAUGAUACAAGUUUUAUGCACGUGUGUGUGCAUGCGCGCUCGUCUCAGCAUGUGUCUGUGCGCACGCGUGUGUGUACGCGCACGCGUGCGUGCUUGUCACGGUUUGGGUCUGUGCUCGUGUGUGUGUGUGUGUGUGUGUGUGUGUAUUUUCGGAUCCAAGCUGAGAAGCGCUGAGUCACAUCGGCAGGUGAGUGGCUGAGCUGCGUCACAUUAUGCACUUUAACCCCCCCCCCGGGUGGGGUUCAGCCCCCCUGGGGGAACACGGGUGGGGUUCAGCCCCCCCUGGGGGAACACGGGUGGGGUUCGUCCUGUUUUUGGAUUCGCGUCAGUCCCAUUAGAGCGGGGUGCCUUUAUUUACCUCGUACCCGCCAUCACACGCUGUCUCUCCAGGCGCGUGCGUCCUGCGCGCGUGUGUGGGCGCGCGUCGCGUCCUGCGCGCGUGUGUGUGGGCGCGCGUGCGUCCUGCGCGCGUGCGUCCUGCGCGCGUGUGUGGGUUUCAAAGUGCCUCGUCUUCUCCUUGCUUUGUGAGUUCCAGGCUUUGGCUCGUUCACUUUUAGCAGAAUAGGCUCACCGAAAAGUUUGCCGUGCGACUGCUUUUGGAUCUCACGAGAUGUAAAAUCCUGCUUGAAAAUUAUAUGGAGGGGGACAGUUAUAACACUAUACAUUGAGAUACUAAGUUCUUUUUUUUUCCUGAAGUACUUUAGCCUUUUAACAUUUCGGCGCAUUUGCAGAGCCACGUGAAGGUUAUGACCUCUUACUGUGUAGCUUUGAAAAGCGGAUUAAUGAUUGGUGAUAGUGCGGCGUCAUCGCCAUAGCAACGAUCAUAGCAGCAACUCAGAUAGCUGUUCAAAUACGGUGUGAAAUUGCUUUGGUAGACGGGUAUAAAGACUUAAGUACAGGCCACAUUAAAUGAUGUACUUCAUUUCACAUAUAAUUGGUAUUUGUCACCCUUGCUAACUUGCUUUAUUAACUGAUACAAUGUUUGUUGCCAAGCGAUAAUUUGUUUGGCUACAUUAUCCUGACUUGUUAACUAGCUAGCUGUUUGGUACACAGUUAUGGAAUACAAAAAAAAAUGUAUAAAAAUGAAAUCUGUUGUGAUUGCAGUGGAGCACAAUUGGGAGUUGUGAGAAGCCCGAACCGUUUGAUUGGUCAGAGGCGUUCCUCUGAACCAAUCAUAUUGCUUCAGUGAAUAAGGCAACAGUUGAAGCUUUUCCCCCCGAUUGCUUUGUCUUUAAUAACUGCCUUUUCAGUUUAAUGACUGCCUUGGCUAAGAUCCGCUUGGCUGCUGAACUAUUAGAUGUGGUCCCCUUUUUGGCCCUGUUACCAACAGAUUAAAAUUGUCAAGUAAUGUCGUUGUGUCUCAAACUUAAAUAUUUAAAACUAAGCCCACCUCAAACACUACAAAACGUGAGUUUUCUUUUUUUGUUUUUUGUUUUUUUAUGAAUGAAGUGGCUGCAGAUAUUUCUGCCUUCUCGCUGUUUCAGGCAGUAGCUGUGAAUUACUGCGUUUUCACUUGGAAUAUUCAGCAAAAGUUUUUUGGUUUUUUUUUUGUCUUAAUAACAAGCUUUCGAAAACUGAUCCAAUUGAUGAAUUCCUGGUCUUGUGGUAUAUACAUAUAGACUUUGUUUUCUCCACACGUUAUGAAUUUUUCCCACAUCAUGUUAUGAAGAGCAAGGCAGUGCUUAGUCCACACUCAGAUGAUCUGUAGACACUUCUUCUCCAGUUUUUUUCUGGAGGUAGGGGUAAGAUACCUUUUGCAUGGAAAUACUGGUAAACUGUAUUCAGGAACUUAAUAUAUAUGUAUAGGCUUUAAUAAUUAUUUGUACUGAAUCAUUUUUAAAAACAUUAAUAGCAACAAAUCGUAUGCAGUACCAAUGCAUUUCACCAUUUACACUGGGUUUUUUCUCAUCUGUUAAAAAGAUAAUAAAUAUUUUUGACGAAAAA